GCCCGUCCCCGAUUUCAAAGCGUCCGUAACCGCGGCGCGAGGUUAGGUUAGGUCAGCCGGGACGAUUCAGCGCUGCUGAAUCAGCAGCCGUCGGUCCGCGAGCAACAGCGAGCAACGCACGCCGUCGUCGGUGGCCGACGGCCACGUCGCGCUCUCGCUAUCGCCGUCGCGGGACGCAGUCGUCGGGCGAUUGUCGAGGACGUCGGUGAGCGAGAAACGUUCGCUGUCGCUGUGUUUUCGCCCGCGCCUUCAUCGCGUCUCCCGCGGCAACCUUCAGCGCGUCUCCUGCGGCAACCUUCAACGCGUCUCCUGCGGGGCAACCUUUAUUACAAGCCGAGAUGGACGCCUGGGAAAUAAUCGAUUUCGCGUCGCUUGAUACGGACACUCAGGAGCUGAUAAGAGAGAGCGUGACCGCUCGCGAGAAGUCAUACUCGCCGUACAGCAAAUUCAAGGUCGGUGCCGCGGUGCGAUGCGCCGAUGGCAGCAUCUCGCGGGGCUGCAACGUGGAGAACGCGUCCUUCCCGGCGGGCGUGUGCGCCGAGGUCGCGGCGAUUGCGCGGGCUAUAUCCGAGGGUAAGCAGAAGUUCACGGCGCUGGCUGUGGUGGCCGAUCAGGAGGGCACGACGUUCACCACGCCGUGCGGGGUGUGCAGGCAGUUCAUCUCCGAAUUCAGCAAUGACCUGGCCAUCUACCUGACGAGAUCCGACAUGAAGAAAGUUCUACGGACUAGGAUGAACGAACUGUUGCCGCUCCCGUUCCACACGAACGACGCGGAGACUUCGUAAUUUCAUCCUCGCACUGUCGGAGGCGACGCUCGAAUAAAGCUAAGACUCCAUAGAUGCGUUGAGUCGUGGCAACGUGUGCGGCAAUGCGAAUCAGAAAUUUGGCGCAAACUUCCAGCGUUGAAAUUAAAGUCCUUUAAUUUAUUGCCGCGGUUCAACGCGUUUAUGGAGUUUAAUACGCGGGGGCUACAACGAAAAGCGGUCAACUUUUCUAUGUGUGUACUUAAUUACAGUAUUCAUCCUGAACGUAAAUCUCGUUACAUGUUAUACGAUUCGGCAUAUCAGAACGUGUCUUUAUUUCUACGAAAUUGAAAUCGACGUAUUAUUUACAAUGAUGUGACACAGAUGGGUAUAGAUUAGUUAUUGUUCAAAGUGAUCGCAAUUACACUGAAAGGAUUCUUUUACUGCAAUCUUUUAUCUUAAAAAAAAUUUGGAUUUUUAUACACGAGAUACUAUCGUUUAUCAUAUUAACGAAACGUUUUUAAUGUACGCGAUACGCCAGCAUACAUUUUGUUUGUUGUAACUUGUUACUUCAUUACAUACAAAUAAUACAAUAACAGAUUAUAUGUGUGUAUGUAUAAAUAUAUAUGUAUAUAUGUAUAUAUACACACACGUAUAUAUACAUUAUAUGAGAUUACCUUAAAAUCGUAAACAUAAUUUGAUAAAAUGAUAAAUGCAAAAGCGAUUGCACACGUAUGAGACCUUGAUUCAUCCUUUAUAAGAAGAUUCGAUCUCUUGUUUACCAAAACGGACACCUGUAAUAAAAUGCGGCAAUCAGAUUGAUGUCUACAUUUUUAACCAUAAUUUAUAUACCAUUGUUUCUUAUAAAAUUAGAGUAAUCUCUAAGCAAGUUGUUUGUACAUCUAUAUAUAAUAAAAGAUGGAUAUGUUGUAAAUGACCAAAAUAAAUAACUGAUGUUCUCGAAA